AUGGUAAAUAAGAAACAGAAAACCACACGCCGAGAGCGCGGCGGGGCGCAGGCGGGAGCGCCGAGGGCGCCCCGCGCUCGGCCCUACCUGGCGGCGCGCAGCCAGGCAGUGCUGGUCGACCGGACCGUGUACAUCGCCGGGCAGAUCGGUAUUGAACCUUCCAGUGGGCAGCUCGUCUCUGGCGGGGUGAAGGAAGAAGCGAAGCAGGCCCUAAAAAAUAUGGGAGAAAUCCUAAAAGCUGCAGGCUGUGAUUACUGCAAUGUUGUGAAGACUACUGUUUUGAUGGCGGACAUGAAAGACUUCAAUGAUAUUAAUGACAUUUACAGGCAAUUUUUCACUAAGAACUUCCCAGCAAGAGCAGCGUAUCAAGUUGCUGCUCUGCCAAAACUUAGAGACAGCGAGUGCAGCUCCCCUGACUGUCCUGCUGCCUUCACUGGGAGCAGGAUGGUGCUGGCACAGGGGCUGGUGUCUUCUCUGAAUCCCCAGUUUACCAAGGACACCAGUGGCCAAGGGUGA